AAAAAAGCGGCCCGAUGAGCGCGUCGCUGAUCAGGAUGAAACCCAUUCUCGUCUCUCCACACAGCUGUCGUCCGCCUUCACCUGCAGCACAGUCCACUUACACAGAACCCGCUUCUUCUGGGACCCGUCCGCCGACGACACCGACAUGAAGGGCCUCCUGCUGCUCUGCGUCUUCCUGGUCCUGGGCCCUCGGCUGCGUGGAGCUCUGGCUGGUGAGAACAAUGCUUCUGUUGGGCAGUCAAAAGAACCCAGCAGCCCCACCGGCCCGUCCACUCCAUUAGAGUCCCCUGCCCCCUCCACCAACACCACCACCAGCACCCCUGCUACCAGCCCCACCAUUAACACCACCAGCACCUCCUCCACCUCCUCCACCUCCACCACCUCCAAGCCCGUCACCAAUGGACCUCUUCAUUUCCUUUCCACAUCUGAGUGCCGUCCGGUGACCCUGGUGGCCGCGGGGCUCAUCUUAGCCUCCGCUGUCCUGCUCUUGUCCAAUCUGAUGCUGGCGUGCAGAGUGUGCACCCUGAGCCGGCGCCUGAGGAGGCGGAGCCGCUCCCUCGACCUGGGCGGCAGCACCGACAACUGCACGGCGACCGGCAGGCGGGGGGACCGGGAGACCAGGGUGCUGCUGUCCGACGUGGGCCCCUCACAGGAGGAGCUGGCCAACGGCGCCGCCAAGGAGGAGGGGGGGGAGAGAGGGGAGGAGGGGGAGAAGGGGGAGGAGGGGGGCGAGAAGAAGGAGGAGGGGGAGAAGAUGGAGGAGGGGGGAGGGGAGAAGAAAGAGGAGGGAGGGGAGAAGAAGGAGGAGGGGGCGGCGCCCACAGGUGAGAACCAGGAGGAGGCGCCUGCGGCCGCCGCCUCUCCGCCGCAGGGGGCCGUCACCGGCCCGCAGCCCGAAGCGGCGGCCGCUUCCCCCUCCGGGGGCGCGGAGGAACCGAAGGAUGCGGUGUAGAGGCGGCGCCUGAGCAACACCUUCACGCGUCACAGCGACGGCAGCUCUUCAAUGCGGGACUUCAAUAACUGUCUGACUCUCUCUCUCUCUCUCUCUCUCUCUCGAUAAUAAAGCGUGUUAUUAUUGUUA